GCGGCUCGUCUUUCGGCUUCCUCCGCCUCCAGCUUCUCCAUCCCCGGUCGGAGCCGUGAUGAGUACGCGGUUCGCCGCUCUGUGAUAGAUCGCACCGACGACCACGAGCCGGGACCCGAACCGACACCUGAAUCUGCAGCACAACCAGGCCGCGAUUAUCCAUCAUGCCUCUGGUGAAGCGGAUCAUCGAGCCCCGGUACCUAUGUCGUGGUGCUCUGCCUGACGGGGUCGCCAGUGAGCUGGAAUGUGUCACCAACAGUACGCUGGCGGCCGUCAUCAAACAGUUGGGAGGACUGAGUCGCCAUGCGGAGGACAUCUUCGGUGAACUGUUCACGGAGGCCAACAGCUUCUAUGUGAGGAUGAACAGUCUGCAGGAGAGAGUCGACCUGCUGGCCGUUAAGGUCACUCAGCUGGACUCGACAGUGGAGGAAGUGUCGCUGCAAGACAUCAACAUGCGCAAGGCCUUCAGGAGCAGUACCAUCCAGGACCAGCAGGUGGUGUCACGGAGCUCCAUCCUCAACCCGGUUCUGGAGAUGUACCAGCGCUGCGACAAGCCUCCACCACUCAACAUCCUCACACCAUACAGGGACGAUAAGAAGGAUGGUCUGAAGUUUUACACCGACCCGUCAUACUUCUUCAACCUGUGGAAAGAAAAGAUGUUGCAGGCGACAGAGAACAAACGCAAAGAGAAGAGAAGACAGAAGGAGCAGAAGCAUGUAGAGGAGUCUUCAGGUCGGGAGGUGAAGAAGGUCCGUAAGGCUCGUAACCGGCGUCAGGAGUGGAACCUUAUGGCCUAUGAUAAGGAGCUUCGCCCAGACGCUCGAUUGACACCGUCACCAUAUCACACAUCUGAUGGCUCACUGUCACCUGACAGGUCCGAUGACCCUUCCUUCUCCAGCCCCCACCAUCACGAUGCCCAGGGGCAUGAUGGGAAGGAUCACAUGACCUCAGCGGCUCCUGGGAGUGGUCAGACUCAGUCGUUAGACCGUGCUCUCCGACCUGCAUCUGCGUCCUCUGUUGUUGCUACAGCAACUGCCCGGCAACACUCAUUGGGCCGCAACCAACCACAUCAUCAUCACCACCAGGCCCCACCCACUGGAUUAGCCAAUCAGAACGGAGCUCGCAGCAACGCAGCCAAAGAGGCCAAUGAUCACCAGAUCCCUCCAGCCCCGCCUCCCCCACCCCCCCUAAUGCCAUCAGCUGGACAGAUGACAUUCAGUAGUUCCACCCACCCCGCUGCAAUGGCAACACCGCUACAUCCUGCAGCCAUUCCUGGUAACCAAGGUGGCGCCGCUGUCCUCUCUCGCCCCUAUAGCCCGUCCCCUCCACCUCCUCCUCCAGCCAAUUAUGUCCCCUCCCCCUCCCGGCCUGGAGGCCAGGCCCCGCCUUCUACUGCUGCUCCUCCAUUGCCCCCGGUAACAGAUGGCAGGAAGCCGACCGGAGCCCCUAAUGUCCCUAUGAACGACGCACGCAGCGACCUGUUAGCUGCCAUUCGCCGAGGGAUCCAGCUCAGGAAGGUCCAGGAGCAGAGGGAGCAGGAGGAGGCAAAGAAGCGGGAGCCAACAGGAAAUGAUGUCGCCACCAUCCUGUCGCGUCGUAUCGCAGUUGAAUACAGCGAAUCAGAGGAGGAGUCUGAACCAGAGGACCAGGACUGGUCCGACUGAGGAGAGGGUGGGGUUUACCAUGGUCCAUUAUCAUGGUUUCCAUUGUUUUUACUUUGCUCUGGUUUUUAUGUGUGUGAUUAAAGCGUCACUCGAUGAUGUUUAUUUAUUGAUAUUUAUUGCAUUUUCAAUUUAUUGAACUUCGUCAUUGAACAAACAGACCGAAUGACUGAUCUAGAUAUUCUUCCAUCACUCACUGAUUUAUGCUGUUUUUAAUGACUUGUCUUUUUCACUUUACGUUUUUAUUCUUUAAACAUAUUAUUAUGCUUUAAUUCUGUAAUCAUCUCAUUUAUCUUUUUAUUCAUUUAUUUUUUUAUUAUAGUGUUUGUACAAUCAUUAAUCUAUGUUUCACUCAUACUUUAUGCUUCACAUUAUUUCUCAGAAGAGAUUGUUCAGCUCUGUAGUUUUUAGAUUUACUUGCAUUUUAUUCUUAUUUAUUGUAUUGAUAUUAGAGCCUCUACAUACUUUUUCUUCUUUGUUGCCUCAAACCGAAUGGACAGCAUCUUAUUGGUCAGUUGCUGUGGUUACGACUCUACUCUUUAACAUGUUGGAUUUUACAGGCAUCGCGCCAGAUGCUGCCGCUGCUGCUGCUGAUUAUAUUGAUGAUGAUGAUGGUGAUGAUGAUGUAACUCUGAAGGUUGACUCAUUCACACUUUUUAAACUGUCAAUGUGAAGGUCGAGUUUUCUGAUUUCUUUAAUGUUAAUGGCUCUGUCCUGAGCUGUGGUGGCAAAGCCCAGAACCAGGUCAUGUUACAAGUGGUGACGGGUUUCAGGUUUCCUCCACAUGGAGUCCAGACCAGAGACCAGGUGAGGAGCAGGGUCAUCAGGAGGUCAGAGGAGAACCAUCGCUCCUCCACAAUCAGAAGAGCAGGAGGAGGUGGUUCAUUUGGUCUGGAGGUUCAGGACCCAAGGCCCGUGCCAGAUUACCUGGAACCAGACCUGGACCCAAACCCAGACCUAGACAAAUAAGAUGGAACCAGAUCCAGUUUGUGGGUUUUGUCACCUGGCCUUGGACCUGGACCUGGAAAAUCAGUAGACACAAAGAUGGCCCAUUACUUCACAUGAAACAGCAUUUAUAAUUACAAAUUAUGUAUUACAUGUCUAUUAUUAUUGAUUAUUAUUUACUAUUAUUGAUUAUUAUUUACGAGUGAUUACAGUUGAUUCACCUCUGCUGUGAAGAUGCUGAUAUGAAUUAUUGGUGUGUUGCCCUGGCAACCCCUGACUUGAACCAGUUGCUGUGUAAAGACUUUAACCUGGAGUGAUGGGUGUGUCAUAGCCCCACCUCUCUGUCCUGUGCUGUUAUUGCUUGUUCUACUAAUCGUGCUGUGUUCUGUAUCUGCAUGUCAUUAUCGGUGGAAAAAACAUGCGCAUAAAGAUUAAAAACUGAAAGUUUAUUGAUAAAAUCUGAA